CACAAAGAGAGAGAGCGCGCGCGAGAGAGAGAGCGAGAGCGAGCGAGCUCCGGUUAUUCCUCCGGGCUCCGGCCGAGCCUGUGUGGUCUCUCCGCUCUGUUGCUAAGGAAAUGGAUGGCUCGAACGGCGCCGCGGUCCGGGAUGAAUCGUGCUCCUCGCCCCCUCAGAAGCCUGCCGUGUUUACCGGAAUCACUGCGAACACCGUGACGCGCCAGCUCUGCACCAGCCGGGCCCAGUGGAGCUGCAGCUGAGGAGCUGAGGAACUGGGGGAUUCUGACUGGCAGCUGGUGCACCACCAAAGGAGGGGAGGGAGGGAGGCGGCGGGGGUCCACGAGCAGCGGUGCCGGAGCUGGGUGAAUGCUGCCCGGAGAGGACAACGGCUGAGGCGGCAGCGGCGUCGACUUGAAAAGCAGCAUGGCAUCCACGGGCAUGCAGAUAUUUGGAUUCGUCCUAGCUCUGCUGGGCAUUAUGGGCGCCAUGGUGGCCACUCUGCUGCCUAACUGGAAGGUGAGCGCAGAUGUGGGCUCCAACAUCAUCACAGCUAUCUCCCAGAUGCAGGGACUGUGGAUGGACUGCACAUGGUACAGCACAGGCAUGUUUAGUUGCACACUUAAGUAUUCAGUGCUUUCACUACCCGCGUACUUGCAGACUGCUCGCACCACUAUGGUGCUGUGCUGCGUACUGGCUGCCAUGGGCCUUUGCCUCGCCUCCCUGGGACUAAAAUGCACGCGCUGGGGAGGUGGACGGCGCUCCAAGCGCCACGCCGCCAUCGCCAGCGGCGGCUGCUUCGUCGCUGCAGGCUUUCUGUGUCUGGUGCCUGCGUCUUGGUUUACCAACGAGGUCAUCACCAACUUCCUGGAUUCCAGCGUUCCUGAGAGCAAUAAGUUUGAGCCUGGAGGUGCUGUGUACGUUGCCUUUGUUUCCGCAGGUUUCCUCUUUGUGGGGGGGUCCAUUUUCUGUAUGUCCUGCUCGGGAAAGAGACACGGACCCCAGGAUCUGGUCCUGCUGCCCCCCCCUGACAAAUUGCUUCUCCAGCAGCAGCAACAACAGCUGCUCCAGCAGCAGCAGGAGCUCCAGCACCAGUACUGCUCUCUCUCCCCAUUAGACAAUAAGACGGGCUACAGCCUGCAGGACUACGUGUAAUAACGCAGUGCUGUGCAUGCCAAAGGGAGACGAGCCCGAGGGGAAACAUCACGGCUUAUUCUACGCACUAGGAUCUACUCAAGGAUGGAGUUGGAGGAAAAAAAGAGAGGAGGGCAACAACUUUGAAAUCAUAUUUUUCCUUCUGCUCCAUCUUCUUUUAUCUGUUUUGCAAGCACAAGCAGUGGAGGUAUUCCCUGAGCAGCGCCUUGGAACAAACGGCGUGAAUGUGCAAGGAGCCAGGAUACCAGGAUAAGGUGCUGCAGAACUGACGGAAGCUGCCAACCAAACGCAGACAUCCUUCAUCAGUAAAUCACACAGAGUUCCCUGCGGAAUGAAUUAAGCAAAUAAGGAAGCCUUGAGUGGAGUUUUUUUUUCCUCGCCAAAGGUUUAAAUUGAAGGAAAAAAAACAAACAAUCAUUUAGCUGCUAUUUACAAUCGUUCAGUCCUUCCUCUCAUUUGACAAAACAGGCAAUAUAAAGCCCAAGAGCAGUAGGUGGAAACCCUCACAUAGCAAGCCAUUGUAGUUUAUCGUAUGCUUGUCCACUAGAAUGCAACGUGGAAUUGACUAAUGAAAUAAAUGGGCAUAUUUUUGUUAGCUACUAGAAUGACGUUGAUAUUUUGCCUCUAAAGCAUGCCGUGUGGAGCCUGUGUACAAAUACAGUGGAAUGCCUGGUAGAAGACUGAGACAUAGCCACACAAUGCCUGUGCCUGAAAAGCUGUAGAAACAUUACCCUGCUGUAACUGUUCAAAGAGGACUGUCAGGAGGAGUAGAUGUGGGCUGCUGGGCUGGAUUUAAGAGAGAAAAUGCAGGCAAACAGAUGCCUGCGUCUCUCUCUGCAGGUGGAAAUAUGAGAGAGAUGGAGAGAAAUUGAAAAGAGCGUGAUCCAAUACUUCAGCAGCAGAGUGGACCAUCUCAUAUUUCCAUCCAAACAAAAACAGUCUGCCUGUAAGUAGCAGCUACCCAUCUCGAUCCAUCCCAGACGAUCACGCCCACACAUUUACACAUGCGCUUGUGCGUCUUCUCGUAUGCAGUAAACACUCCGGCACGCCGGCUUUUUGCAUGUGCUUUUCUCUCCUGUCAUCCACCUCCACACUGCCAUGGAAACCGAAUUCAAGCAUUGUUUGGGGGUAUGUGCGUGUCAAUCAGUCAAGUUGUUUUAUU